AUGUGCUAAAGAUCAACAAAAGAAUUUGAGAGAGAAAAAAGAAGAAAAGAUGAGCUAAAACUAAAGCUGCAGUAGGCUGUACCAUUGAAAGAAAGAUCCGAUUCUACCUCUAAAAGUCCAACAUUGAAAGAAUACAAAAAAUACCUCACCAAUUGUUCGCCACCUUUUCAAAGAACUGAUCCUCAUUCAUAUUAUUUUGAAGAAAAGAUAGGAAAGCUCAAAAAUGAAGAUAUCAACAAUACAACCUUGUAAUUGCAAGUCCACUUGCUUCCCAGAUCUUAUAUGGAUGUGAGAAACUCACUAGGAUAGCCAUUUGUUUUACAUCCAGGCAAGGGUUUGAAGGAGUUUUAAAAUGAAAUCACCGAUCCCUUGAACCCAUGUGAGCCUAAGUACUCUGGAUCUAAUGGUAUUAAUAAAUACACCUAGCCUUUAAAAAAGGAGAUAUUCAGUAGCACUGCUAAGAUGUCUAUCUUCAAAGUUUAAGAGGAGAUCAAGGAUAAAAUAUAGAGGUCUAUUGAGGAGCAAAAGGAGAAAGAUAGAGUCAAGAGAUUUGAGUUAGAUUAGAAAUUUAAAACUGCACCUAGAUGGCAAACUCAUCAUAACGGUCAUCACGAUACAUUCUAACCACUGAUAGUUGAUGAAAGGGUAAUCGUGAGAUAAAAGGACUCGAGUGCUCUUUAACUUUAAUUCAAGUUAAGAGAUAAAGCACGCUUCAAAGUGCCUAAGAAAAACCCAGAAUAUUUCAGAAUUGAGAAGACAGUUGUUGAAUGA